UAAGACAGAACUAUACCCAGUUAUGGAAGUGUUCCAAAAGUCAUAACCUUUCAUGUAUUUAAACGCAUGGCUGGACUUUGCAAGACAAGCAAGAGAGGACUUGCAUCUGUUUCAAUUGUUUCCUGACAGACCAUGGAAGCUGAGUACAUGAUAAUGCCUGCCGGAUACUCUAGGAACUUCAUGUUACUAUUGCUUGUGCAGAUAAUGAUUGCUCUCUUAUUAGGAGCAGAUGCAGUCCAUGAAUGGAGAACAUUAUCAGAAGAAGAAAACCUGGAGAUGGAAAGACAGCUCAAAGUUAUCAACAAACCUCCUAUUAAGAGUUUCCUGACUGAAUAUGGGGAUAUCUUGGAUUGCAUUGAUAUCUACAAACAACAUGCUUUUGAUCAUCCUUUGCUCAAGGAUCACAAAGUUCAGAUGAGACCAACAAGAAUUCCAAAGGAUCAGAUGAUGGGAGGCAAAUCUUCGAUGAAAACUAAACCUCCACGCUUUCUGCCCAGGAACACAAGAUGCCCACCAGGAUCAGUGCUCAUUAAAAGGACUACAAAGGAGGAUCUAAUCAUGGCCAAGAAAGUAAAAGCUUUAGGAUUGAAUUAUCCAACAACUUCCCGUUUUCACAGCAACGAUGCUGCUCCGAAUAGCUAUGUUUCUGCUACUGCUGAAUAUACCAAGCACAACUUUGGAGCAAAAACAACCAUGAACGUGUGGAACCCUAGUGUUUCACCUAAUCAACUUAGCUUGGCUAGUAUGUGGAUUGCCAAUGGCCCUGUAGACACACUCAAUGUUAUACAGUUUGGGUGGGGAGUCCAACCACGUCUUUAUUCCAGCAACUACACUCGGCUAUUCUCCUACUGGACUGUAGAUGGUUACAAAAAGACAGGAUGCUAUGAUUAUCUUUGUCCAGGAUUUGUCCAAGUUAGCACUGAAAUAAGCCUUGGUCUUGUUCUGAAGCAAAUUUCUACUUAUAAUGGUACACAAGAAGACAUAGAAAUCAGAAUAAUUAAGGAUGGAGAAUGGUGGCUCCAGUUCUACAGCAAAAUUGUUGGGUACUGGCCAAAAAAACUGUUCUCUUAUAUGUAUGGUGGUGCCAAUUUUAUUACAUGGGGAGGACAGGUUUACAGCCCAGCAAAUGAGCCUAGUCCUGCAAUGGGGAGUGGCCAUUUACCAGAAUAUGGCCAUGAUGGGAAAUCUGCCUACUUCAAGCAGAUGCAAAUAUGGGACAAUGGAAAAUUUGUUUAUCCCGAUGGCGACUCUCUAAAGGUGCAUUCUGAUAGACCUCAGUGCUACGAUGCACAGACUACUCAUGAAGAUGGUCCUCCCUAUCCAAUGGAUCUUUUCUAUGGGGGCCCCGGCCACUGUUAA